GUAUUGCUUCAAAAGUAUGAUAAAUCUUCAAAAAACAAAACGGUUCUAUUGCUUUGCUUAGGUGAAUAGGCUCUUCAGAUGAAAAAUUUUCAAUUAGAAGCACUUUACAUGAAAUUGCUGUUAGAGCUUUCAGAGCUACGGGCGCAGUGCGCGGAUUUGAAAGCGCAGGAGGAUGGCUCACCUGACUUGUCCAAAAUUUUAUCCCAGGAAAGCUCCUCUUGUCUGGAUCAGAAUGACCGCGAUGCAAUUGAGGCCUUUUUCAAUUCGGAUGAUGACUUCAUCACACGUUUUAACAGCGGUGCGGGGGUGAUCAAGCGUGGGGAAUUUUUCGAGUAGGCGUACUAGCCCUCAAGGUACAUAUUAUUGAAUCUGGUCGUUGUUGUAUGGUGUUUUUUUUGUAUAUUGUUGCUAUCCGAGUUUAACCUCUUGCACAAAA